ACUCUCUCUCUCUCUCUCGUUCUCCGGAAUAGCAUAGUAGCAAGAGGAUGCCGUCAGCAAGUGGGACCGUGGUCGCUCUAGGGGUGUGGGCCUCCGUGCUUCAGGGAGCAGCGGGUUUCGUCCUCCCCUCUGCUGGCUCCUUGGCGCCCGCAAGCCAACGGGUUCAGCAGCGGAGGCAUCAUCAUCAUCAUCAGCCCGCGGCCCCCACGGGACGGUCGUCCUUGAUCCGGAGAUGCGUCGCCGCUAACCCGGCUGUCGACGGCGGGGAGGUAGCUACUGACGACGUCGAAGAGCAGGCUGAGGGGGAGACGGUCGCGGUUAACGCUGGAGCGGAGGCGGCAUCCCCGAAGAAGGCUCUUCGCACGGUGAUCAAGUUCGGCGGGAGCUCCCUGGCGACCUCGAAGCGGCUAAAAGAGGUGUCCGCCCUGGUGAAGCUGCUCAUCGACGAGGGCCAGAUGCCGAUCAUGGUCUGUUCGGCCAUGGGCAAAACCACCAACAACCUCCUCAACGCUGGCGAGUUCGCUCUUACGGACGGGAAGGUGUACAUCGACGCGAUCCAGACGCUCCACCUGUCCGCCUGCGACGAGCUCGAGCUCGGAGAGCACACGAAAAGCGACAUCGAGAGCCUUCUCGCCGACCUGAGACAUAUGCUCGAGGGAGUGGGCAUGCUGCGAGAGCUUACCCAGAGGAGCCGCGAUCGUUUGGUGUCCUACGGCGAGCGCAUGUCGGUCCGAAUGAUGGCCGCGGUACUCAACAAGGCCGGGGUGCCCGCCCAGCACUUCGACGCGUGGACGCUUGGCAUGCGCACGACCGACGAGUUCGGGAACGCGGAUGUCUUGGAUGAGUCGUACCCGCUCAUCAAGGAGACGCUCUCCAAGUUCGACCCCAGCAUGGUGGCGGUGGUGACCGGCUUCCUAGGCCAGUCCCCCUGCAAGCAGAUCACGACCCUCGGGAGGGGAGGGUCCGACCUCACGGCCACCGUCAUCGGCGUCGCUUGCGGAGCCGACGAAGUUCAGGUCUGGAAGGACGUGGACGGCAUGAUGACGGCGGACCCGAGGGCGGUACCAGGAGCCGUCCCCGUGCCCUGCGUGUCCUACGAAGAGGCGGCGGAAUUGGCUUACUUCGGCGCCAACAUCCUGCACCCGGUGUCGAUGCGCCCCGUGAUCAAGACGGGGCUCCCCGUGCGCAUCAAGAACUCGUACAACCCUUCCCACCCGGGCACGGUGAUCGCCGCGAACAGGGACUGCGGGGAGACGCUGGUGACGGCCAUCACCUUCAAGAAGGGCGUCGAGCUGGUCGACAUCGUGUCCACGCGAAUGCUCGGGCAGUCCGGGUGCCUGGAACGAGUGGGAGAGUUCGCGGAGGUGUCGGAAUACCCCACGAGGUACGUGGCAUCCCCCGUGCCAGAGUUAUUUUGUAGCAGGAGAAUUUCUGUUUUUCGGAUGAACCUUGCUUAG